GCUUCAGGUGUCUCCUGUUAUUUUUCUUCUUUUAGGGGCGCAGCCGUUCCCAUUAUCGUUUCUUGGUGCAGGUCCGGCACCCGUGUUUGCUGCAGAUAGAUCGAAGUGGCACAUUCCGAUGCCGUCGGGGAAAGGUUAUUUUAAUUUUGGAAAGAUUCUUUUCAGAAAUACUACCAUCUUACUGAAAUUUGAUGGAGAGCCUUGUGACCAGUCUUUAAAUAUAACCUGGUUUCUGAAAAGUGCUGAUUGCUACAAUGAAAUCUACAAUUUCAAGGCAGAUGAAAUAGAGUCAUACUUGGAAAAUCUCAAGGGAAAAAAAGGCUUGUCUGGGAGAUACCAAACAUCAUCAAGAUUAUUUCAGAACUGUAGUGAACUCUAUAAAGCACAGAGCUUUUCUGGGGAUUUUACACAUCGACUUCCUCUUUUGGGAGAAAAACAGGAGGCUAAGGAGAAUGCAACAAAUGUUACCUUUACUGGAGACAAAAUUGUAGAAGAACCCAUCCAGAGAUGGUCAGUUGAAGUUACCUGUUCAGAGGACUAGAGAGCAAGGAAUGAAAACAAAUGAACAAAGCCUUGGAGACCUAUGCAUCUAUCAUGCGGACCAGUGUGCAUAUAAUGGAAGUCUGAGGAGAAAAGAGGCAAUGCAUGAACCAUUGCAGACUUGGCAAGAUGCUCCAUACAUUUUUAUCGUGCAUGUUGGCAUCUCGUCCUCAAAGGAAUCACCAAAAGAAAAUGCACUAAGUAACCUUUUUACCAUGACUGUUGAAGUAAAGGGUCCCUAUGAAUACCUUACUCUUGAAGACUACCCACUGAUGAUUUUUUUCAUGGUGAUGUGUAUUGUGUACGUACUAUUUGGUGUUCUCUGGCUGGCAUGGUCUGCUUGCUACUGGAGAGAUCUCCUGAGAAUUCAAUUUUGGAUUGGUGCUGUCAUCUUUCUUGGAAUGUUUGAGAAAGCUGUGUUUUAUGCAGAAUUUCAGAAUAUCCGAUACAAAGGAGAAUCUGUCCAGAAUGCCUUGGUCCUUGCAGAGCUGCUCUCAGCAGUAAAGCGCUCACUGGCUCGAACCCUGGUCAUCAUAGUCAGUCUGGGAUACGGCAUAGUCAAGCCUCGCCUUGGAGUCACUCUUCACAAGGUUGUGGUGGCAGGGGCACUUUAUCUUUUAUUCUCUGGCAUGGAAGGAGUCCUCAGAGUUACAGGGUAUUUUUCUUACUCAUUGGCUCUGAUAGUAAGCCUGGCCCUCUCUGCAAUUGAUGCCUGUAUUAUUUUAUGGAUAUUCAUUAGCUUAACUCAAACCAUGAAGCUAUUAAAACUUCGGAGGAACAUUGUAAAGCUCUCUUUGUACCGACAUUUCACCAAUACGCUUAUCUUGGCAGUGGCAGCGUCUAUUGUGUUCAUCAUCUGGACGACCAUGAAGUUCAGAAUAGUGACUUGCCAGUCGGACUGGCGAGAGCUGUGGGUAGAUGAUGCCAUUUGGAGAUUGCUGUUUUCCAUGAUCCUCUUUGUCAUCAUGAUUCUUUGGCGGCCAUCAGCAAAUAACCAGAGGUUUGCCUUCUCACCGUUGUCAGAGGAAGAUGAGGAGGAUGAGCAGAAGGAGCCGAUGCUGAAGGAAAGCUUUGAAGGAAUGAAAAUGAGAAGUACCAAGCAGGAACCAAAUGGGACUAGUAAAGUAAACAAAGCACAGGAAGAUGAUUUGAAAUGGGUAGAAGAAAAUGUCCCUUCUUCUGUGACUGAUGUAGCACUUCCGGCCUUGCUGGACUCAGACGAGGAACGAAUGAUCACACACUUUGAAAGGUCAAAGAUGGAGUAAAUAAUGGGAAACUGCCAUAGAAGAUGGCUUGUAUCAGGGAAGAGACAGCUUGCGUGUCAGUCUUCUGCACUGCUCCGUGGGAUUAAAGGAGGCAAUGACAUCUGUUCCUGAUCUCUGUGCAUGGGAGCUGGGGAGAGGUGUCAGCCAAGGAGAGCAGCUUACUGAAACAUAUCCACGGGAUGAGAAAAACCUACCGGCUUCUUUACAUCAUCGACACCCUUUCCCUCCCAACCCCAUCAACAGCUGUUUUUGCAAGCUACAUGUUGUCCCUGAACUUUCUAUUCCAUUGUUUAAUCUGUCAAACUAGGAAGUUUAAAGUUUAUGAAAGGACUGUGUCAUUUACACCAUAAUUUGUCAUCUCUAGGAGCAACUGCCUGUGAUUUUAUUUAUUUAGGAAGUUGGUAAUGGGAGAAAUUAUCAUUUAUUUUUGAGUUUCCUGAGAAGUCAAGAUUACAUCUUGCAGAAGUAGUUUGUGGGGAAUAGGCCCUUUUGAGUUAAGGAACUAUAGAUCUAUCAGUGACCAAGAGGGAAUGGGGUGGGCAGAAAGCGAGAGAAACUUACAUGUGAUUCAAAAUCAAGUGCAAUUUUGUUUACAAAUGGUGUAUAUUAAAGAUUUUUCUAUUUCAGAUGUGCUUUAAAGAGAAAUACUAACUCUUCUGACAUCUGAUAUUAUGACACAUCCCAUUGCUGGCAAUGUGGUGCACACUCCAAAACUUUUAAGUACCAUUUAGUCAGCCUCCAAGGGCAGCAUUGCAGUCACAGGCCAUGCUUGGUUUCCCUUCAUGCCAUUCUUUGGGAUUACACCAGAUGCCAAGAGGCACUCUGUGUACGUGCUGUGAUUAUUCGCCCUGCAAGAGGGAUUAUCAUGCUUCAGAAGGGGAGCUUACAGAGAGGGGACAGGUCCCGUUGCUUUACAAGCAGGUAUUCUUGCAUGAAGUGGUAUGGAGGCCCUAGACUGCUGCUGCUGCUUUUUUUUUUUUUUUUUUUUUUUUUUUUUUUUUUUUUACAGAUUGAGGGUUCUAGUUUCUGAUGUUGGCUUGGAGACGGCCUAUAACAUCACCAGGGAUGGGUUCACUUGAAGCACUGUAUUUCAGUUUUGAUCGUUUUAUCCAGUUUUGCCUUCCCUAAAUUUUUGUUCUACAUGAAAAGUUCAUGCCACUUUUUAAUAUAAAAAUUUUAACAAAA